CUGGACUAAAAUGUACCUGGACAACAAGCAAAGAAAGAACUAGCACAUGGCUCCACGUGUUGACAGAGGCUUCCUGUGUGUUGUUCUGUGUGUUUCCAGUCUGUCAGGCUGUCUGAUCUCAGAGGAAGGCUGUUCUUCUCUGGUCUCAGCUCUGAGCUCCAACCCCUCCCAUCUGAGAGAGCUGGACCUGAGCUACAAUCAUCCAGGAGACUCAGGAGUGAAGGUGCUGUCAGCGGGACUGAAGGAUCCUCUCUGGAGACUGGACACUCUCAGGGUGGAGCCUGCUGGAGUCAGAUGGUUGACACCAGGUCUGAGGAAGUAUUCCUGUGAACUCACAGUCGACACCAACACGGUGGACAGGAACCUCAAAACUGUCUGACAAACAACAGGAAGG